CAUCCGUCAUUAUUCGUGGAGUUCCUGGGAUGGUUCGAGGAACCGGACACUCUCUAUAUUGCAAUGGAGUACCUCGGCGAAGGCGACCUCACCAAGCAUAUCAGUACACCGCUAUUACAAGAGACAGUUCAAACCAUUUCAAAGCAGAUGCUCGAGGGUCUCAAAGUAAUGCACCAACAGGGGAUAGCUCAUCGGGAUCUAAAGCCAGCGGUAAUAUUUCCACUACCAAGCACCUCGCUUGACUGACGAAUGCAUAGAACAUUUUCGUCGUUUCUAUGUCUCCAGUCUGGGUCAAACUCGCAGAUUUCGGAAUAUCAAAGCGGAUCCAAGCUCAAGACACCACAACCUUUCAUACCCGGGUAUCAACCCUAGUGUACAGUGCGCCCGAAGUUCUAGGGCUUGACUCCAAUAGUGAAACUUCGGACUACACGAAUUCUGUUGAUAUUUGGUCCCUCGGAUGUGUAAUAUAUGAGUUGCUCUCAGGGUCCAAGUUGUUUACUUCAGAGGGGCUAGUGUCCCGCUACUAUUUCGGGAGGUUGCCCUUUCCCGAGGGCAAACUAAAAGAGCUAUCGCCCCCAGUGGGCGAUACGGUAAUUUCAUUCCUAAAAUCCAUGCUUCUUAUACAGCCUGAGGACCGCCCUACUGCGGCAGGUGCGCUGCGGCAUUCGUGGCUG